GAAAAGAGAAGUCAAAGUAGCUCGCUGCUGCAAGUGCUUAUAUUGAACAUUGCGCAGAGCUCGAGAAGCGAACAAUGGCGAUUUCUGCUGCCUCAUCGAUGGUGUCUGGUAUUUCGAUUCCAUCCUCUUUUCUCCUGAAACCGAAGGAAUUUCCAUUUUCGCCGCUUGCAUCUGUGAAGGCUUUUCAUCGGUGUUACCAUGCUUCGCUUUGUAGUUAUCGCUCUGCUUCGCGGCAGCGCUUCUCCAGAGGAUCGUUUCGGGUUCAAGCAACAACGUUACAAGAAGAUGAAGAGAAAGUAGCAGUGGAAAAGUCGUUUGAUCCUAAAAGUUUUCCGGAGAAGGAAGGAACCUCUGCUCAAUCACCUGAUGGUUCGCCGCCUUCCAGUGAUUUGGAGAAGUCUAUUAUUAAACUUGAGCAAUCCAUAAAUAUUUUCCUUACGGAUUCUGUAAUAAAAAUCCUUGACUCCUUUUACCAAGAUCGCAAUUAUGCAAGGUUUUUUGUUCUGGAAACAAUUGCAAGGGUUCCUUAUUUUGCUUUCAUGUCUGUUCUGCACUUGUAUGAGACAUUUGGAUUGUGGAGAAGAGCUGACUAUUUGAAAGUACAUUUUGCUGAGAGCUGGAAUGAGAUGCAUCAUUUGCUUAUUAUGGAAGAAUUAGGGGGAGAUGAUUGGUGGCUUGACCGGUGGCUUGCUCAGGGUGUUGCAUUUGUUUAUUAUUUCGUGACUGUUUUUAUGUAUUUCUUGAGCCCGAGAAUGGCAUAUCACUUCUCUGAAUGUGUGGAAAGUCAUGCCUUUGAAACUUAUGACAAGUUCAUCAAGGCUCAAAAAGACGAGCUGAAGAGAUUGCCAGCACCUGAAGUUGCUGUCAAAUAUUACACUGGAGGUGACUUGUACUUGUUCGAUGAGUUCCAGACUUCAAGACCUCCCAACACUCGACGACCAAAAAUAGAGAAUCUGUACGACGUGUUCUUAAACAUUAGAGACGACGAAGCUGAACACUGCAAGACAAUGAAGGCGUGCCAAGUCGUCGGCGGCAUCCGGUCGCCGCACUCUCUAGAAGAGGAUUCCGAGUAUGCCGGUGAAGGCAGUGCUGCUGAUCCCCUGGACAAAUCCUCCAACUAAUAAAAUAAGACUAACUGAUUGAGUGAAAAUGCAAAGUUACAAUAUUAUACAGGAUCAGAUGGUGUAGUUUUGUACAUAAUAUAUCUAUAUAUAUAUAUAUUAAAACUUUCCUAAAA